UAUCAAGCUUUCCACCUAGUAAAGUGCUCAACGGCGUGAGCGUGUGCACGUCGAAGGACAUGCCUGCGCUGCAGCUCUUACCCUAUGCUCUCUUCCUCACGGCCUUGCUAGCCUCGUCGGCGGCCGGCCACGCGGCGGCGUCCCUGCGGGCUCACCUCACGCACGUGGACAGCGGCCGCGGCUUCACCAAGCACCAGCUGCUCCGCCGGAUGGCCGCUCGGUCACUGGCCCGCAUAGACAGCCGGUGCCCAGCACCUGGCCGUGGCGCCAAUGCGCACCCGGUGACCGCGCCCGUGAGCCGUGGCACCGUGGGCAUAGAAAACAUGCAAUCCGAGUACCUCGUCCACUUUGGCAUCGGCACGCCUCGCCCGCAGCGCGUGGCGCUGACGCUAGACACCGGCAGCGACUUCGUCUGGACGCAGUGCUUCUGCCAGGUCUGCUUCCCUCAGCCGUUCCCGGCGAUCAACAUCUCCGCCUCCGGCACCAUCCACGGCGUCUCGUGCUCCGACCCUGUCUGCUCGCAGGGGGGGCUCGCGCUCUCCGGGUGCACCGCCCGCGACAACAUCUGCUUCUACACCUACUUCUACGGCGACAACUCGAUCACGACGGGGCAGAUCGUGGAGGACACCUUCACCUUCCAGCAGGCGCCCAACGACGGCAAGGUCGCCGCGGUGCCGAAACUCCGCUUUGGUUGCGGCAUGUUCAACACCGGCCUCUUCGGAUCAAACGAGUCCGGCAUCGCCGGCUUCGGCCGCGGGCCGUUGUCUCUGCCGUCGCAGCUCAAGGUGGGUGGCUUCUCCUACUGCUUCACCAACAUCGUGGAGUCCAGGACCAGCCCCGUGUUCCUGGGCACGCCGGAUGACCUUCAAGCGCAGGCCACGGGGCCCAUCCAGUCCACCCCAUUCGCCCGGGGUCCAGACAGCACCAAGUACUACCUCUCGCUCAAAGGCAUCACCGUCGGCAAGACGCGGCUGCCAUUCAACGCGUCGACGUUCGCGUUCAAGGGCGAUGGCUCCGGCGGGACGAUGAUCGACUCCGGCCUGAGCAUCACGAAAUUCCCGCGGGCCGUGUUCCUGAGCAUCGUGGAGGAGUUCAAGGCGCAGGUGCCGCUGCCGUCCGACAUGGUCGCCGGCAUGCUGUGCUUCUCCGCCCCGCAUAAGAAGAAGGCGCCCGCCAUGCCGAAGAUGACCCUCCAUCUUGAAGAUGCGGACUGGGACCUUCCACGGGAGAACUACGUGCUGGACCUCGACGGCGGCGACGGCGACGACGACGGGACGUGCGUGGUGAUACAUGCGGCGGGCGAGAGCGGCAUGACCGGCAUAGGCAACUUCCAGCAGCAGAACACGCACGUGGUCUACGACCUGGAGAGCAAUAAGCUGGUCUUCGUGCCCGCUCGCUGCGAUAAGCUGUGACUCAACGUGCACGUACGUGUGCAUUCGUCAACGCAUGCAUGUACUGGUUACGUUUUGUGUUCGUACUAAAAACGAGCACGAAGGAAUCGUACCAGUGCUAAAUAAACAAGGGGAGAUUAAAGCUAUUUUUCGGUGUAAAUACGCCUAGUCAUCUUUUUUAUGCAGGAAAAAUACACCUAGUCAUCUUUUGUUGUGACAAAUUUCCAGUCACCUGAAAAAAUAUGCGUCUGAACCAGUCUAUAUACGUCAGUAGCCUGAAAAAAAUA